AUGACCAACCCGUGGUUCUUCUCGAACGACAACUACAACUACCAGCACAUGCAAUACUCUUACAACAGGAUGGAGGACACAUCCUCGAGCUUCAUCGAUCCCAGCCUGCAAAGUCAAACACCACCAUCGCUCUACCCGGUCAACAUGGAUCAACACCAGACAAUGCAACGCCAGUACAAGGAAGAGCAAAAGACAACAAUGUUCUUCAACUCCAACAUGCCACAACAGCCCACCUUCAUGCCUCCCUUCCAAGCCCGCUACAACAGCCCCUUCUCUGCCUUUGAGGCUUCAGAAGCGUCCGGAAGUGCACAAAGUCCGCCAGCCGACACCAACACCGAACUUUCUGCCUACUACGAAACCCGCUCGCCCCUACAGGAACCUCUGCCCUUUGAAGACACUGGCUUCUCCCAGAACCAGAUUAUCCAGUUCGCCGGCAUGGGUCUGAGCAAAGACUCCUCCUUCGUCAAUCCCAUGGACGUCAACUCCACCGGGCAGUUGGACGGCUACGACAGCGAAACCAGCACUCCCGAGUUCACCUUGCUUCAGCGUGUCGACAGCUGGGAGAGUUACACGACUGGUGGCGUGUCUGGCGGGUGUGACGUGGAGCAGAUGCAGCAUCAUAACUCGCCUAUAGUUGACUGCACAAAGCCCGUCAACCACCACUACCCGGUACCUGCACCCCAGGAGAAGGUCGAAGUGCAAUCACCGACUAUCCUUUCCCUCAACUUGAAGCGAACCAGGGACAUCAACGCCGACGACGAAGACGAUGAGUACCUCCCAACCACCAAGCGGACCGCGUCUCUUCCAUCAACAACCACCGCUAAACCCAGAACAACAACAACCCGCCGCGGCCGCCCCCCAACCUCCCAUUCCUCCCUCACCACCCACCGCCCUCACGGGCCCCAACACCAAAGCCAACCAACUCCACGCACCUUUUCCUCAACUGCCACAACCAAAGCCCCAAGUCAAGCUCUAACCCCCUCCUCUGCCCGCGGUACCCUCCUCUGCCCGCACUCUCUCUGCCAACACUCCCACUCUCAAUCGCACGGCUUCAAAGACCAGCCCUCUCUAGACGCGCACAUCAAGAAACAGCAUUCCCGCCCAUUCAUCUGCGUCUUUUCUUUCGCCGGUUGCGAUUCCACGUUCGGAAGCAAGAACGAAUGGAAGAGACAUGUGGCUAGUCAGCAUUUGGUGCUAGAGUAUUGGCUUUGUCGGGAGGGGGAGUGUGCCCAUGUGGACAACAACUCUCCUCCUACUACUGCUUUGGGAACGGCAGGAGCUGGUCCGAGAUCUGGCCGUCGCAGCGGUGCCGGUGCUGUUCAGGGUGUGAUGACAGGAGAGGAAGAUGACGAGGACAGUAAUGCCCCCUUGUUGCCCAACGGCGCAGUCUUCAACCGCAAAGAUCUCUACACGCAACACGUUCGUCGUAUGCACUUGCCUUCCCACCUAACCCACCUCAAGAAGGAAUCUACCAGCACAUCUAGCAACAAGAAACCAUCCCCUCUCAACCAGAGCAAUAAUAACACAGCCCAAGAACUAAACACCUACAUAGCCACCCUCCAAUCUCGCGCACAAAUCAAGCGCUGCGCUUUACCUACAUGUAUGCGCUGUCCCGUCCCUAGCUGCACGCAUGCCCCCUUCAAGGGCACCGAGGCGUGGGAUCAGAGGAUGGAACAUGUUGCUAAGCAUUUGGAGAAGUCUGCUGCUGCCACUGCUUCUUCUUCGCUUUUUACUACUUUUGCUGCUUCUACUGUUUCUUCUUCUCCGAACAUUACAGAACAUAAUGGGGAGGAAGAUAAGGUAGAAUUUGGUGGGGAGAAUGACAAGACGCUUACGGAGUGGGCUAGUAGUCGCGAGGUGGGGAUUAUUAGAAGAGUAAACGGAGGCAAGUGGACGACUAGAGAUCCGCUCAAGAGGAGGGGACAUGGUGGGAAUGGAAACCCACAUGGGUGUGGAGUGGGAAGGGGUGGACGGACGAGGGCGGUUAAGAAUAAGUCGGCUAAGGGUGUGAAGAGAGAACAGGAGGAGAUCUACGUCAAGCAGGAGAUUGUCGUCCGACAGCGGACAUUCGACUUCGAUGAGGAUUUGGAGGAUGAAUGA